ACAUCCUUAAUCAAUUCCCGUCGCGUUUAUUUUGGCGACACUAUAAUUUUUCACCGUUUCAUGUUUUCUGAAAUGGAAUUAUUUGGUCGGCGAAUGUUUGGCGAGAUCGAGCGCAGGCGAGCCGGCGAAAGGAAACGAAUGAAACGGCUCGAUCGCCACAGUCCGUUGUUCUUGUCACCGGAUCUCACCAAACUUCCUUCGGCAACCCCUAAAAUUCCCGGCCCGUUCGACGAAUUAACAACCAGUGCCUUCAAAGUUUGAGCCGAAAAAAGAACGAAAUUCAACAUGUGUGACCACUGCGCAAAAGUUACAAGUCAGAAGGGGUACGCCGGACAGGUGACGUGCAAAUGCGAGCACGGUGAGAAGGGGAAGGAAGGGAAGGAGAAGGACUUUGGCGGCUGUUGCUCGCGGAAGGCGAGGGAAGCCGCCGGUGGAUGCUGCAUGUCCGGCUGCUGCAAGGACAAUAAGAAAAAGGAAGCUGAAGCCCCUUCUAAAUGCUGUGCCGAUAGAAAAUGAUCUUAUUCUUUCUGCAUAAAUAAAAAUUCUGUAAUUCGCAACCAGCCAAUGUA